UCCGCGCGUCCUUCCGGCUCCGCCGCGCAUGCGCACAGCGGCAACAUGGCCACGCCGGCUAAACGCAGAGCGCGGCCUGCAGCUCCGGAACGAGAUUCGGAAUCGGAUUCGGAGCCGGAAUCGGGCGACUCAGAGUCCGAGGAGGACGAGCAGGUCGACGAGGAAGUGAACGUUGAAUUCGAAGCGCAUUCGAUAUCAGACAACGACUACAACGGGAUAAAGAAGCUGCUGCAGCAGUUGUUUCUAAAAGCUCCUGUUAACACUGCUGAGUUAACUGAUAUCUUAAUACAACAGAAUCACGUUGGAAGUGUUAUCAAGCAAGCAGAAAUCCAAGAAGACAGCAGUGAUGAUGAUGAUGAUGAUGAUGAUGAUGAAGUCUUUGGUUUUAUAAGCUUCUUAAACUUAACUGAAAGGAAGGGUACACAGUGUGCUGAACAAAUCAAAGAGCUGAUUCUGAGUCGGUGUGAGAAGAGCUGUGAACAGCAUGUAGUUGAGCAGCUGGAUAAGCUCCUGAAAGAUGAUACUAAGCCUGUGGGUCUGCUUCUGAGUGAAAGAUUCAUUAAUGUGCCACCACAAAUUGCUUUGCCCAUGCACCAGCAGCUCCAGAAAGAAUUAAAGGAGGCACAGAGAACAAACAAACCUUGUGGAAAGUGUCACUAUUACCUUCUUAUCAGCAAGACCUUUACAGAAGCCACAAAGAAUUCUAAGAAGAAGGAAGGGAGAAAUCGGCAAAAGGAGGAAUUAAUGUUUGCAAAUGCAGAGGAGGAGUUCUUUUAUGAGGCCAGGACACAGAACUGAAAUCAGACUGGUAGUGCUGCCCAUCAUCAUAUGCUGUUAAAGCACAGUUUCUCUUGGACCUUUCCAGCAUUCAGCAUUACUGAACACGGAGCAGUCCCACGCCUUGCAUCACAGAGGCACUGUGAGCAGAGAAGCUGUACUUCCUUCUUGAAGAGUCCCUGGCAACCUUUUCUUUCUUUUUUUUGUUUGUUUUUAAGCAUUUUCCAUCGUUUACAGACAGUUUUUAGAUGAACUGGCCUGACAAUAUGGGUCCUGUUAUCUUUAGUUUUUAUUUAGUAUACACAAAUCUACCAUUCUAAGUUGAGUGAACCUGACCAAGAUGCAUGAGCACAGGUGAAUGUUCUGAAGACAGCCUGUCUGCUGUACUUUUCUUCCCUUUAGCCUUUAUUCGUGAGCUAUAAAGCCUAGUGAUUGUUAGGCUGUGUUUGUGUCAUGUCACGCCUUAAACCUGGGUUAUGUGCACUUGGAGGAGGAAGCAUCUUUCUGGUUUUGUACAGUGGCACUUAAAUGACAAGUGUAGUCAGCUGCUUACAUAUCCAUGUUGGGUAAGGUAGGCUGUCCUCCUCAGUUACUUGUAAUUAUUUAAUAAACCAGUGUUGUAUUUGCAGUGGCAGCUAUCUUAGGUGACUCUUCUUGCAAAUUGACAGUUCUAAAAAGAAUCAUUCAAAAAGUGCUCAUGAAUCAAAGGCCAACAAUGACUGUUCCAUUAAAAAAAAAA